CGCGUGUCUUAUUUUUACUAGCAAACUGCCGUGUGAGUUGGACAGAGCACUAUCAUCAUUUGCAAAAAAUAAAAGCAACAAAAUCACAGACUUAUUACACAACAGUAGAAAGACCAUGCAGCACGUACCCAUCAUUGUUGGCGUCGGCGACGUCCGCAACAAGUCCUUCGAGCCUGAAGAUGCCAUCGAGCCAUCCAAGCUCAUGAUCCAGGCCAUUCGCAGAGCCGCGGCAGACACAGGCAUCGCAGAGUCGGCGCAGAAACAGCUGCUCUCUGCUGCGGAUGCUCUGCGUGUCGUCCCAACUUGGACUUGGCCGUAUAGCGAUCUGCCCGGUUCCAUUGCCAACGGACUCGGCAUCAACCCGGCGUAUCGUGAGAUGCCGGGCCACGGAGGCAACCAGCCGGCGCUGCAGUGCGAUGAGGCUGCGCGCAAGAUUGCCAGGGGAGAGAGCAAGGUGGCUAUUCUUACGGGAGGAGAGGCCCUCGCGUCCUUGGGAGCGUGUCAGAAGGCUGGGCUUAGCCCACCACCAGGCUGGGAAGAGUCGGACCCCGAUGGCUCGUCACUCUCCAUGGACCUGUCUAUCUUGAAAGAGAACUCUGGCUCCCUUCACUCCAUGGGCCUCCCCAUUCACGUCUAUCCUAUGUAUGAGAAUGCUCGUAGAGCGCUCAAGAAGCAAACCGCACGGCAAAAUACUGAAGAGUCCGCCAUCAUGUACUCCAAGUUUGAUGCCAUUUCUAGCAAGAACGAAUAUUCGUGGAAUUUUGGCGAGACUGUCAAGUCGCCAGAGCAGAUUGGUACUGUUUCCAAGCGAAACCGCAUCAUUUGCGAUCCCUACCCUCUGGUGAUGAAUGCCUUUAACACUGUCAAUCUCUCUGCAGCAGUCAUUGUCACGUCGACAGAUUUUGCUACCCAAAUAGGCAUCCCCAAGGACAAGUGGGUGUAUGUUCUCGGUGGUGCCGGCACGCACGAAAAAGAAAAUUUUUGGGAGAGACCGCAUUUCCAUGAUAGCCCGGCCAUUGGCAAAUCGAUCGACUCGGCCCUCGACGUCUCUGGCUUGACUAAGAACCAAGUCGACAUUUUUGACUUUUACUCGUGUUUCCCAAUUGUUCCCAAGCUUGCAUGCGAUCACCUUGGCCUCUCGACAACCAACUGGGAUAAACCCAUUUCUUUCCUUGGUGGCCUCACUUCAUUCGGUGGCGCUGGCAACAAUUAUUCUAUGCAUGCCAUCUCUGCCAUGACACGCCAGCUCAGACAGCACACCUACCAAACAGGUUUAAUCCUCGCAAAUGGAGGCAUGCUGACCCAUCAGUAUGUCAUCUGUCUCUCGGGAAGCCCACGUAAAGACGGCAAGCCGUAUCCCAAGGCCAAUCCCCUUCCAGAGCACUAUGCGCACCCUGAGCCAUCUUUCACAGAAAAGGCUACAGGCAGUGCCGUCAUCGAGACAUACACUAUUGAAUACGAUCGCUCAGGGUCACCUGCACUCGCCUUGAUUGUUGGAAAGCUGCAGAAUGGAACUAGAUUCUUAGCCAACCACGGUGAUGAUGCAACUUUAUCGCAGUUGGCGUCCUCUGCGGCUGAACAUGUCGGUCAGCAGGGAAGUGUGCGCAACGAUGAGGAUGGCAAAAAUCUAUUUUACUUUGAUGUCAAGACAAAACUGUAGCUUAUCGCAGUUCCUACAUAGAAUAUCUUUAUAAACUCUACGCCUAUCAUAUGUGGCAUAUUUACUUUGGAGCUUAUGAUAGUGACCGUCGA